AUGUCGAAAAUAGUUGCGGAAAACAUAUCGCCCGUAAGAGACUGCAUGCCGACGUUUGAUCGGAGGCAGACCGUGCAGAUGACCGCUGCGGGCGCGUCUCCUUCGCCUACGCUUGGACAACUUCUGAAGCGCGUCGGCGAUGCUCGCAAGGAAGCCACCGGUGACGAGACGCCCGUGCACCAGGUUCUCGACCUCAGCGACCCCGGCAUGGAGCCCCGAUCACUUCCCUUCGUGCUCUCCUUCACUAACCUGACCUACAGCGUCAAAAUCAGCCGGAAAAUGGGCCUGCCUGCUAUAUUCAGCCGCAGCCGCCACCAUCUUCCUGCCACCACGACUGCAACCGAGCCUACUGACGGAGAGACCCUCUUCACGAAGACCAAAGUUCUCCUCAACGACAUCUCCGGCGAGGCGCGUGACGGCGAAAUCAUGGCGGUGCUCGGCGCGUCUGGAUCUGGAAAAUCAACUCUCAUCGAUGCAUUGGCCAAUCGCAUAGCCAAGGAGAGUUUGAAAGGAACCAUCACUCUCAACGGCGAGCAGUUGGAGUCGAGGCUGCUCAAGGUCAUUUCUGCUUACGUCAUGCAGGACGAUCUCCUCUACCCCAUGCUCACCGUCGAGGAAACCUUAAUGUUCGCGGCCGAGUUUCGCCUCCCACGAACUCUCUCGAAAUCCAAGAAGCAAAUGAGAGUUCAGGCCUUAAUUGAUCAACUAGGCCUCCGAAACGCCGCCAAGACGGUGAUCGGAGACGAAGGCCACCGCGGCGUUUCUGGCGGGGAGAGGAGGAGAGUCUCCAUCGGAAUAGACAUCAUUCAUGAUCCUAUAAUCCUCUUCCUGGACGAGCCGACCUCGGGGCUGGACUCCACCAGUGCAUUCAUGGUGGUGAAAGUUUUGCAGAGGAUUGCUCAGAGCGGAAGUAUCGUCAUCAUGUCUAUUCAUCAGCCGAGCUAUCGAAUUCUCGGCCUGUUGGACAGGCUGAUCUUUCUGUCCCGCGGGCACACUGUUUACAGCGGUCCUCCAACUAAUCUGCCGCAAUUUUUUGCUGAUUUCGGCCAUCCGAUUCCUGAAAAUGAGAAUCGGACUGAAUUUGCACUUGAUCUGAUUCGCGAGCUCGAGGGCUCCCCAGGAGGGACUAGAAGUUUGGUUGAAUUCAACAGAACGUGGCAAAAUAUGAAGAGAGGUACUAAUACUGCUGGUACCGGAAAUGUGGAAUCAUCUCCGACGCAUGGAUUGUCAUUGAAGGAAGCUAUAAGUGCCAGUAUUUCGAGGGGGAAAUUGGUGUCAGGUGCUACAAACACUGAUGCUAGUCCAACUUCCAUGGUUCCUAGAUAUGCAAAUCCAUUUUGGAUUGAAAUGGCAGUUUUAUCAAAAAGAUCAUUCACCAACUCGCGGCGGAUGCCGGAGCUCUUUGGCAUUAGGUGCGGAGCAGUUAUGGUGACGGGGUUCAUUUUGGCUACCAUGUUUUGGCGAUUGGACAACUCUCCCAAAGGGAUUCAAGAAAGGCUAGGGUUUUUCGCCUUCGCCAUGUCUACGACCUUCUAUACUUGCGCCGAUGCACUGCCAGUUUUCCUUCAGGAGAGGUACAUUUUCAUGAGGGAAACUGCUCACAACGCUUAUAGAAGGAUCUCCUAUUGUCUCUCUCACGCAUUGGUUUCCUUGCCUGCCCUUAUUUUCCUCUCAUUUGCAUUUGCUGCAAUUACCUUUUGGUCGGUGGGGCUGGACGGAGGAACUUCGGGGUUCUUUUUCUACUUCGCUAUAAUCUUGGCUUCCUUCUGGGCCGGCAAUUCCUUCGUCACAUUCCUGUCCGGAGUGGUCCCUCAUGUGAUGCUUGGCUACACCAUUGUGGUGGCAAUAUUAGCAUAUUUCCUCCUCUUCAGCGGCUUCUUCAUUAACCGGGACAGAAUCCCCCCUUACUGGAUAUGGUUCCACUACAUUUCCCUGGUGAAAUAUCCAUACGAAGCCGUUUUGCAGAACGAAUUCGACGAUCCGGCGAAAUGUUUCGUGAGGGGGAUCCAGAUAUUCGACAGCACCCCGCUGGGAGCCGUGCCGGAUUCGCUGAAGAUAAAGCUGCUGGCGAGCAUGAGCAACACCCUUGGCGUGAAAAUCACGAGCUCCACGUGCGUGACCACCGGCGUGGACAUAUUGAAGCAGCAAGGAGUCACUGAUCUCACCAAGUGGGCUUGCCUUUGGAUCACCAUUGCAUGGGGAUUCUUCUUUAGGAUUCUGUUUUUCUUCUCUUUGUUACUGGGAAGCAAGAACAAGAGGCGGUAAGUUCCAAAAUCCAAACGGCUACUAACGAUCCAAGAAAAUUGUAAAACUUGGUAU